AUUGGCGGGGCGGGGUCCCGUGACCAGGAAGGCGCUGGGGUGGGGCCGGGUCCGGCCGGCACCGAGGGCCCUCAGGCUGGCACCGAGGCCCGACCCGGCCCGGCCCGGCCGCGGCGGGGGCUCUCGGGGCCUCUUCCCGCCGCCGGCGGCGACGAAGCACCAUUGAAAUAGUUGUUGUCCUCGCGGUCUGUGACCCGAGCUGAUAAAUGGGGUCCCCGGUGUGGGCAGUGUCUGGGUGCCGCGACCCCGGCCCCGUGUUCGGCGAGGUCGCUCCCGAGAUUAUCGAGGACACGCUGAUCCACUUGGCCACGGAAAACGAGCAGUACCUGAGCGAGCUGCCGGAGCAGGCCGGGUGCUUCAAAGGGACACAGAUAGUGGAAUUUAUAUUCCUUUUGUCUGAGAAAUGGCACUUGGACCCAUCAGCGAGGUACCAAGCGGUAGAGUUACUUGAAAGGUUUAUGAUCAAGCAAGUAGAAGAAACCUGUAAGUCCCCCAGAGAGAAUGUUAAAAGUUGUGACCAAGGACAAGGCAGCAGCUGGAGCUCUCUGAAAGACCAGAUAUAUGAUACAUUUGUCCUGCGACUUGUGUCAUGCGUCCAGCUUGCAAGCAAACUUUCCUUACACUAUAAUAUAGUUAACAGUGACAUGGCUUUAAAAUUUCUGCAAUCAUUAAAGUACUCAUACACUAAACAGGAAUUGCUCGAGUCGGAGCUUGCCGUCUUAAAAGCUCUGCACUUCCAGAUCAACAUGUCGACUCCUUUGGCUUACGUGGAAUUGCUUCUAGAGGUUUUAGGACAUAACGGCUGCCUGCUUCCUGAUAAACCAUUACAUCAGAUGUGCAUGCAACUCUUAGACUUCUCCUAUCUCACAAGAGAUACCAUCUACAACACUCUGUUAAAGAUUGCUAUCGAAAAUUCAACACCGAGCAAACUGCAGGUAGCAAAAUUUUUGACAGUAAAGGAAGAUUUCAUGCUCUUGGCUGUUGGAAUCAUCAGCACAAGCGUGUUCAUGCUAAACCCUGGGCAAUGGAAGCAGGUUGUGGAGCAUUUAAACUGUAUCACUGGCAUUACGUCACAAAGUAUCUUUGAAUUUUCUUAUGCAGUACUCAAACACAUCAUUGGCAGUACCACUCCGAAGCAGCACUACAGGAACUCUGGAACAAAAGAUCCAGAGAGCAGAAUUAGGCCUUUUAAAUAACCCUGUCGUCCUCGGCCAGUCACAUAUCGGCAGCAAAACGUUACGCUGCUGCUAAGGCCGUCUUCUGUGAUACUGCGCAGGGCACCCAGCAAAACUUGGUUUUACUUUUUGGUUUUGAACACCAGGUGUUCUGUAGCACUUGAUGUUGUGUGUUUAUUAGAAAAGCUCAUCCUUUCAGGCAACGGACUAGUGCUGCGAGGGGAAGCACAUGGGAGCAAAGUAGCAUUUAGAAAUACCUCUUUCAGCACCAAAAGCUUUAUUGUAAGAGCUACAUCUUCCAAGUUAUGAAUAUAGGUUUCCUUCGAAUAAAGAGAAAACUCUAAGAGUUGUGUUUUGAAAGGCAUUGCUGUGCAUGGUAUCCUGCUUGGUAAUCUGUAUCGCUGGCUUGCACGCCCAGUCAUUGCAAACAGGGCCGUGCUUGCUGUCCCCAUCUGCUGCUUUCUAAAAAGCUAAUUUUUGUCUCAGGCAGCCUGCUGCCGCCAGGCUUGUCACUGUUCCCUCUUUGCCGGUGCUCAGCGCGCGUUUGCCCUUACCCUAAGAAAGCCAGCCAGCUGACCAGUGCUGGGAAAAGGACGGAAUGCCACCAGUUCUGAAAGCGAUGCAAUUGUCGCCUCAGCAGGUGCCCAUUUAGCGUGUCUGUGUCGUGCCAGGGGCUGUUUACGCUGUGCCUGGCUUACGCUGGGUGGAAGCACUUUCUGUGCAGAAUAGUGUUUUUAGUAUUUGCCCAGCGCACCUCGGUGCAAGAACAGGCUGCAGGAGUAUUACAAAUAGUAUCAUCCUAGCCUACAGUAUUUUAAACAGUAUCAAACCUUGUUCAGUGGUACAGAGUGCUGGUAUGACUUGGAAAAUAUUUUAUUCCAAAGUGUAGUUACUCUUUAACGACCAAGCAGAGCUUCCGUGAG